AUGUUAAGAUCUGCUUCAAUUAGAACUGCUACUUUCCGUCGUUGUUUUUCAAGGGAAUCCAUCCCUUACGACAAGACAAUUAAAAACCUUUUGAUUCCAAACGGUACAAAAGUUAUAUUUCAAGGUUUUACAGGUAAACAAGCUACUUUCCAUGCUGAAAUCUCACAGAAAUACGGUACCGAUGUCGUAGGUGGUACAAAUCCUAAAAAAGCAGGCCAAACCCAUUUGGGACAACCUGUUUUCGCUACAGUUGCUGAAGCUGUGAAGGAAACAGGUGCUACCGCUUCAGGUAUCUUCAUCCCACCUCCUUUCGCUGCCGCUGCCAUUAAGGAAGCUGUCGAAGCUGAAAUCCCAUUGGCCGUCGCAGUCACAGAGGGUAUCCCUCAACAUGAUAUGUUAUAUAUCGCUGAAAUGUUGAAAUCACAAGAUAAAACAAGAUUAGUAGGUCCAAAUUGUCCUGGUAUCGUCAACCCUGUCUCAAAGGUUAGAAUCGGUAUCCAGCCAACAAGUAUCUUUAAACCUGGUAAAAUUGGUAUCAUUUCAAAGUCUGGUACUUUGACUUACGAAGCCGUACAACAAACCACUCUAACAGGUUUAGGUCAAACUUUGGUUAUCGGUAUGGGUGGUGACGCCUUCCCAGGUACUGACUUCAUUGAUAGUUUACAAUUAUUCUUAGAAGAUGAUGCUACAGAGGGUAUUAUAAUGUUAGGAGAGAUCGGUGGUACUGCUGAAUUAGAAGCUGCUGAAUAUUUGAAAGAAUUUAACAACAGUAGAGCUGUUCCAAAACCAGUAGCAUCCUUCAUCGCUGGUACUGUUGCCGGUCAAAUGAAAGGUGUCAGAAUGGGUCAUUCAGGUGCUAUCGUUGAAGGUUCUGGUACAGACGCUGAAUCAAAAAAGAGAGCCCUAAGAGACGUCGGCGUCGCAGUCGUAGAAUCUCCAGGUCAUCUAGGUAAGGCUUUAUUGGAUCAAUUCGCCAAGUUAAAAUAA